AUGUGUUUACUACUUAGAGGGCACUUCGGUCCAUAUAAUGAAGGGGAUAAGGAAAGCUUCUUCAUACGUGCUCAUCGAAUAUUAACGGAUGAUCUCGGAUGUUAUGCUUACAAAAUUGUCAAAGAACCAGCCAUGACAGAUCAGCAGAAAGUCAACAGGAGAAAAUUUGCUACAUGGAUUCAACGGACGUUCAGAAAAGAGGACACGAGAAAAAUAUUGUUUUCAGACGAAAAGUAUUUCGAUGUCGAUGGUGUUUAUAAUUCGCAAACUGAUCGAAUAUGGGCCAUAAAUCAUACAGAGGCUGAUAAACGAGAUGGUGUGAAGAAAAAAAAUCAGUUUCCAACAAAAGUAAUGGUUUGGCUCGGAGCAUGCUCAAAAGGUAUGACAACAUUGGUGAUCUUGGAUGAAGGUUCGGUUGAUCAUGUAAAAUAUAUCGAACGAGUUCUUCCUGUGGCCAAGAAAUGUGGUGACGAGAUGAUGGGUAAUGAUUGGAUAUUUCAACAGGACAAUGCACCGGCCCAUAACGAUAGUGAAACUCAUCAAUGGUGUCGCGAUAAUUUACCAUCAUUUAUUCCACGCGAGCGUUGGCCUGCUAACAGUCCGAAUUUCAAUCCUUUAGAUUAUUGUUUAAUUCGUUCGGAAUGA